AUGUAUAAUUCUAACUGCAUUUCCACUGCUGACGGAACUUGUUAGGAAAGAUUAAAGACAUGUGAUUUAUAUUUCACUCAGAAUUGUUGUUCUACUUCAGCUACUAAAACAAUACUAGAUAAAAGAGUAAAUGGAACAAUAUAUAUACCAAUUACAAUUGUUGCUAUAAAAAAUUCGGAUAUUGGACUGGAACUGGAAUUACAGAUUCAAUUUGUUAAAAUACAAAGAAGGCUGUAUUCAACUAAAAGGUGGUAUUGUAAGUAAAAUGAUAUUUUGGUUCGUCCUCUUUUUCAAAAAUUACUUUUAUGA